AUGUCGACGGCAACGUUCGACACGCUUCGCCGCGACGUCCUACUCACAUCCUUCAGUCGCAGAUCGCCGAGCGCGUGCGACGUCGCGUCUUCGAGCGCCGCCGCCGGCUCGACCACGCAUGUUUCUUCCGACGACGUCCCGUCCGCGAUGCUCGCGCGCAUGCUCCGUCGCGGAGAGUACGAGGGUGUGUUGAAUCAUGCGAUUGUUCGCGAGGUCCUGGGCGCGGAUAAAGCCUCGAAGACGGACGUAGACGCGCACUACUCGAUGGUUUCGGCGCGCGCGAGAGAAGCAGACGCCGGCGGCGACGAAGCGCGAACGUUCGCGGUACUGUGCGCAGGCGUCGCCGCAUUGUACGUGUUCGUGAAGACUGCGGUCACGGGGCCGCGACCGCGUCGAAGCGCGAGUGCGACGCCGCUGUUGGAGAACGCGAGCGCGGAGACAAGCGCUAGCUGGGAUGUGCGCGCAAGAGAAUCGCUCGCGCUGGACGGUGAAGACUUGGUCGGUAGAUGCGACGCACCGCAGUACUUGCUUUUGGCAAGAAUUUUAUUGCUCGAUAAGUUCGAGGCGUCUUUGGAGUGGAUGAGGGAUUUGGACGUGCCCGCACUCACACUCGUAGGGGCGCGAAACGCGAUGCCGAAGGACGCCGUCCCAACUCGGGGAGGGCACGACGCCGUGUGCGCCUGGUUCGCAGCGCGAGUCGCCAUCACGCAUCAACGUGCGUUGGCGGGGAAUUCACCGAGUUUGCGAGGGGCCCUUCUAGGUUUGCACGCGUAUAUUCUGGCGACGUAUGCGCCAACAGACAAACGAGACGUCAGUUGUGAUGACGCAAUUUUUGAGUCCAUGGCUCGCUUAGAAACGUGUCUGAUGGAGCUUCAGUACGGACACAGCGAUAGUGCAUAUGUAUUGCAGCGCGGCGCCGCUUCUGUGCUUGGAUUGAGGCAUGAUAUAAACGGCGCUUUGGGAUAUAGAACGAUUCAUCAACAAGACGCAAAGUCCCAACUUGUGCUCAGCGUUGACAUGGAGGGAUCGAAGGAUUGGUACGAUAGCGACGACGACGAAGAGGACUUAGUCGACGACUUGGAUCUCAUCGAUGGCUCGCAAGCAAUGGCUAGAAUCGCCACGGAGCUCAAGGGGCUGAGUGAAGAUGGGAGCCAGAUUCUCACUCAGCCACGUUUGGCCGAGGGAGCGACUCCGUCUGCGAAAAUACCAUCCGCCGCGCAGGCUAUCUUGAUCGCCGCCGCCAUUACUGUUCGUAAGAAACAAGCGGAUGAUGGUUUGAGGAGCUAUGAGAUGGCGCCUUACACGGAGUUUGUGGGCGCGCAAGAGAAAUCGCAGCCGAUUCUCCGAGCGGCGACAACGGUGCUGACAUCGAGACGCGAGCGUGAUCGAGCUAGAACACGAGAAAGGUCCUUGCUGACACUUGAAGAUCUAGUUCAGACGCUCGAGCGUCCGAAACCGAAAGUUUCGUCACGCAUGCGAUACGUUUUCUCCACCUGGUUUCCUCCCGCAGCAAAUCUCAAGAAGGAACUCGGCGAGGCGCUCGUGAGUAUUGGCAUGGUCGGCGCCGCACUCGAUUUAUUUGAAGAGGUGGAACUUUGGGACGCUCUCAUCGUGUGUUUGAGUUUACUGGGGAAAAAACAACAAGCUGCCGACUUGGUGCGUCGUCGCCUCGAUGCUGAUGAUAGAAACCCGAAACUCUGGUGUGCGCUUGGCGAUGCGUUGGAGGAUGAACAGUACUACUGGAAAGCGUGGGAAGUGAGUGGGGAAAAGAAUGCGAGGGCAAAGCGCUCGCUUGCUCGUCGCGCUGCUUUGCGGGAAGAUUGGGUUGCUGCCGCAGAGCAUUGGAUGACUGCGCUUAAAAUCAACCCAUUAUUCCCAGAUGGCUGGUUUGCCGGCGGAUAUGCGUGCUUGAAGUGCGAGCGCACCGAGGAAGCUCUCGCGGCGUUUGUGCGCUGCACGCAAAUUGAUGCGGAAAACGGUCAGGCGUGGAACAACGUCGCCGCGCUGAAUAUUCGCCUCGGUCGUUUUGCCGCGGCUCACACAGCUUUGGGUGAAGCCAUCAAGCAUCAACGUAAUAGCUGGCACACUUGGGAAAAUCACGCGAUGGUUUGCGCCAAGGUCGGAAAAUUUUCAACAAGCGCGUUGGCUCUGCUCAAGGUUCUUGAGCUCACGCAAGGCGCGCAAGUUCACAUAGAAACCAUACAGACUCUAAUAGAGCGAGUACGUGAAGCGAGAACUGAUCCCAAGGGAGCAAAGUGGGUUCAGGACGCCGCGAACUGGGAAUCGCAAGAAGCCGCAAAGAUUGACGAAGAGGAAGAAUCUUGGGCUGACACCAACAUGGGCGAUCUUGCAGCAGAUAUGUUGAGCGCUUUCUCAGGAAUCGCGUUGCCGACGAUUUCCUACGCUCCCAAGACUGAGUCCGCGCAUCCGUCGGGUAUGCCUCGCGUUGCGUUGCAACUUGAAGCGGCCCUGGAGCAAGUGCUCGUGCGCGCGGCCACGGGAGUGAGCGCCGGCGAACGCAGAGUGCGAGAGACGUCCAUCAUAUGGGCCAUGUUGGCAGAUUUCAAAGCCAUUCUCGGUGAGUACGACGAGGCUACUGAGGCUCGUUUGAAGAGCGUUCGAGCGUUGGACUCUUCCGGAUGGAGAAAAGAUCUUGAGCCAUACGAGGAUUAUGCCGCGGCCACGAAGAUCAUGGCCGAGGGUGUCUUAGCCGACAUCGCCGCGGGUAGAGGCGGGCACGUGGAUAAUCUCAGGUUGCACUUGAAGACCGUCGUAAAAGUUGGUGAGAAGCAAGGAUUCGAAAACGUGGAAGCGUUUGCGACGAUGUCGGCGUUGCUCGAAGAAGUAUUGGCGAUGUGA